CACACCUCUCCUCCACACCUGCUGAAGACAAUACUAGGCCAGCACGUGUGUCACAAGGGUACAGUCAAGUCACACCUUUUGACAAAGCUCAUUUUCUAAUUGUCAAAACCCUGUAUUCUUCUUGAUGGAGCAGGUGGAGUGUGUAGCAUCAUGAAUGAGCCAUGUGGAAAUGGCAGUAGUGGCAGCUGUAGUAACCAGGGUGGAGGUGUUCGCACCAGGACGUACCCUUCUGUCAACACAAUGGAACGUGGAGGAACUGGAGGUGGUAGCAACUCUUCGGGGUUUCCUCGGAUGUCCCUACGCUCGCUCUUGCUCAAUAGUCCCUUCUCUAUCCGUACCAGAUCUAAGAGAGUUCGAACUCCAACCUCGUCUUAUAAACUUACCAUAGAGCCAGAAAAUAACACCGAUUCUUCAGUAUUUGUAGAAGGAACAGGUGAAUCUUCCAGUUGGAGCUCCAUCAAGCGCCACCACACAAGUGGGAGGAGUCUGGUUGGGAGCCGCAGAGGUUCUGUGGGAUCAAAAGGCACAUCUAGAGGAGACUCCUGUUCUUCUGAAGGGGGCGCAUGUGCUAGCAGCGGUAACAGUAGCAGUCAUGGCGAUGCUGUCGGAGUUAGUAGCAUCACUGGCAUCAUUGAAGGUGCUAUGGCAGAAGUUGGUCGGCGAGAGUGCUCUCUGUGUCUACAAGAGGUUCCAGAUGACCUCUUUCCUACACUUAUAUCCUGCCCUCACUCGGCAUGUCUUCCCUGUCUCAGACAGUACCUCAAGGUGGAGAUCACAGAGUCAAGAGUCAAUAUCAGUUGUCCACAGUGUAAUGAGCUUAUGCAUCCCACAGAUAUUCACAACAUAGUGGACAAUGCCUUGUUAUCAUACAAGUUUGAGGACUUUAUGCUGCGUAGAGUGUUAUCUAUGGACCCUGACACACGAUGGUGUCCUGCUCCAGACUGUGGGUAUGCUGUAGUUGCUACUGGCUGUGCUGGAUGUCCUAAGCUGAAGUGUGAACGUCCUGGGUGUGGAAGUUACUUCUGCUACCACUGUAAAGCUGAAUGGCAUCCCAAUCAGACUUGCGAUAUGGCCAGAGCUCAGCGCUCGCCCAAUGUUCUUCUCUCCUCAUUCAGUUACCUGCAUGACAUACAGACUAAUGAUGAUGUCAAAGCUUGUCCAAGAUGUCAGGUAUUGAUUGUGAAGAUGGACGACGGCUCGUGCAACCACAUGACGUGUAGUGUGUGUGGAGCCGAGUUCUGUUGGUUGUGUAUGAAAGAAAUAUCUGAUCUGCAUUAUCUCAGCCCGUCGGGAUGUACGUUUUGGGGAAAAAAGCCAUGGUCACGGAAGAAGAAGAUACUGUGGCAGUUAGGCACCCUUGUUGGUGCUCCUCUUGGCAUAGGAUUAGUGGCAGGCCUGGCUGUCCCUGCCAUGAUUAUUGGCAUUCCCAUUUGGGUUGGCCGUAAACUCCAUGCCCGGUAUUCCAUGGCCAACCCUCACCGCCGCAACCUGGCUGUGGUGGGCGGAGUAACGGCUUCAGCUGUGAUAUCACCAGUGUUAGCAGGGUUAGCAGUGAGCAUAGGUGUGCCCAUUUUGUUAGCGUAUGUGUAUGGUGUUGUACCCAUAUCCUUGUGUCGUUCUGGAGGAUGUGGUGUAACAACGUCUGCCUCGGGCGUCAGGAUUGCUUUUGAUGAUGAAAAUGACAUGGUCUUUGGCAUCCCAGGAAGACAGUCAGAGUCCAGUCAUGUUGGUGCUGGAACUGCCAGUAUUGGUGAAGUGUCAUGUGGUGCUUCCCUGUCCGCUGACUCUGCUGCCCAUGUACUUGCCGAGAGUGACAGAGAAUCUGCCAGCAACACAGCCAUUGCCCCAGCUUCCCUCACUGGCUCCAUAGCUUCCUCAUGCAUAUCUAGAACAAACAGGUUAGAAGUACAUGUAGAUAUUGCCCAUGGUGCACGAUCAACAGCUAGUGGAGAAACGGCUUCUUUAGCAAUAUCCGAGAGAUCAACUCAUACAGUGGAUACAGAAAAUGCUUCUAUGCGAGGUCUUGCUGGAUCAUUACUCCAAUACAAGGUUUCAGAAUCGGAGGCAGAAGGAGAUCUAGUAGUUGGUGGGGACAGUGCCAGUGGGGUGCUAGAGGAAGGUGUUGGCAUUAGUCCCCACAUUACAAAUCUCUACAUUCACUCGAUCCCACCCUCGGCCAGUGACAACAAUUCUGCUGUUUUGACAAGUGAUGCUACCAACGAUCAAGGUUCUUCAGAUUUACGGUUAGACAGUGUUAGUGCCAUAAUAACUGCCAGGCAAUUUUCUAGACGCCACAGCUCAUCAAGUAAAGGUGUUACCUUUGUAGGAGACAGUCAUGAAGCCAGUGACCAUGUAACUCUUACAUUAGAUGACGAUGAUGAUGACGACGAUGAAGCUUCAGGUUACCCCUUUGGUUAUGAAGAAGGUCGUGUAAAUUUUCACAGUGGAAUUCCUGUGUCAGAAAUACAACCAGGUAGAGAAAGAGCUUUAAACUCGCAGAAAAAUCCUUGCACAAGAUCAUUACACAGAAGUGUUCUUUGUGGUAGUAGUUCUUCUGUAUUACCAUCAGUUCAUCAGAGCAAGAGUCAGAAAAAGAGCAAAAAUAGCCAUAGCAAGCGUCGAGCAUCUAGUGCAGAAGGCAAAUCGAGGAAUUUUGACAGACCUGUGAGGUGUGAAUCCUUUCCCAAGCUGGAAAGUUAGUGAGUCUGUGAUAAUUGUACUCUUCCUUCAUAUUGAAUGACAAUUGGUAAGAUAAGUGAAAGAUUGUGUGAUAUCCCAAGUGGAAAGCUUUACUUUAUAGUAUAAUAAGCACAAAGAGAAUGUAUUAAAUUUUUUGUAUAGUAUAUGAAGUUAGCAGCAAGACAUUUCUGCCAUGGCAGACAUCAAUACUAGACUUGCAAGUCACUUAAGGCUGGACAAACAAGAAGCUUCAUCAAUUAUACAGGUCAAUUUCACACCACUGUCAGAUGUUACUACAGUACGUAUGAAAUUUGCAUUUUUUUAUUCAUUUUUUAUGCCAAAUUAAUUUUAAAACUGUACAGUAUUGGCAUUAUAAGGACUGGAUUAAAAAAAUUUAAUACCUUUUUAUUACAAAACCAGCUGCUUCUCACUUCCUCUGGCUUUGUUUUAUAUAAUGUCGAGCUUUCUCGCAUUAAAAUAUUAGUUUGAAAGAGUAUUACACAUUGUGCGAACAAUUUAUGGUGACAGGCUUCUGUGUGAAACCUAUUAUUUUAUAGGUUGCAGUAAAGGGCUCCGAGAAGUUACAUACUCUUAAUAUGGAUAAGCUUCAGGUUGCAAGGUGAUCACUCUAGAUAAUGAGGUACAAUUGUUUAAAAGUUCAAUAACUUUAUGCAUUAUUAGAACUGAAAUAUAAAUUUUCUGGAAAAUCUUGCAUUAUUAAUGUUUAUCAUCGCUUCUAAUGUUUUUUUCCUGAAUCAAGUAAUAGAGUAACUGAAUUAGAUGCAUGAAUUUGCAAGUGAAUUUUGUUCAGAAAAGAUGUUUCUUUGGUCAUAAAAAUGUUUCCUUUCUUUGUCUUUGACUAUGCAAUUAUAUUUUCCAGUAUGCAUGGAUGCCCUUAUUAUAGUAUUGUGACUUCAUUAUAAGUUCACAAUGUUGUGGCUGUUGUGACCUACUCUUGUUAAACACCUGCAGGGAGCUUCAACUGAGGUGAUAUAAUAUGAUCAUUAGUAAGAUUGAGGUAAGGUGUGAAUGAUAAAAAUCUUUAUCUUCCAUAAACUAAUGCUGUUGUAUCAAGAUUGCACACAGGCAAAAUGUUAGACUUUUGAUAGUUUAAUUUUAUAUGCAUUAAUUAUAUAGUAAUAUUCUCUCCAUGUGGACAUUUUCAAAAUUAUUGAAGGCAUUAACAGUACAGUACCAUGGAAAGUUCCAUUACCUAUUAGGUGUGUGUGUAGCGGACUGCAGGGAUCGGUUCCUGUCACUGUACGCACACACUACUCUGCAUUUAGAGGUAAGGUACAUAAAAGUACUAAUCCAGAAAUUGGCCAUAUUUUACAAGAUGAAACAUUCCAGCCUCUGUGUGUAGUGGGUGUUAGAAAUUGUACAGUUUAUUGAUAGCUUCAGCAAAUGUUUGUACCUUUCUAGUCCUUGCUGAAUCACAAAGAUUAAGACUUUGUGUGGAUUCUUUGGUGUGUUAUCUGGUAAUGGGUGUUGCUACACUUGGUCCAUGAAGCUCACUAGCUCAGUAAUUGGUAGUGACAAAUGUAGGGAGUUGGAGACAGAUAUUGCUCAGUUGUUAAGGCACAAAUGAACUGUCCAUAAGUUAUUGUAUUCCAUGCCAUAACCAUAUUUUAGAGCAUUUGAUUAAUUUUUAAUUGAAGAAUGCCUUAGUGUUUGAAGUAGUGAAUUAUAUAAACUGAGGCAUCAACAAGGUGUAUUGUGAUCCUCAUCAAUUUUGCUGUCAGAAUGAUUAACAAAAUGUCUUUAUUUGAAACCUUGUCCACAAACAACAGUAAGCUUAAAAUUGUCAGGCAUAUUUAUAUUUUAACAUGUAAUAAAUCUUUAUUAAGGGCAUCACUAAGCAUGUAUUUGAUUAUAGUGUGUUGAGGUGCAAUAUUAUUAUUUUGUUGUAGCACUAAUAACCACUUGAAGAAAGUUUAUUUGACCUCACUCCAAAAGACUGUAAAUAUUUACUUUGCGUUUUACAGCCAUUCUCAUACAAGAUUGGUAAGUGUUAAUGCUAGUGUGUGUGUGUGUGUGUGUGUGUGUGUUUACAUGGGAGUUUGUGUAAAUAGGGUUCACACUCCUACAACACUCCAGCAUUUACUGUUGCCUCACACAUGCCCACUCUUCUUGCCUUCUCUCACUACUGUACUUAACACACUGCCUUGUAUGACAAGUUUUCUUGUAGCAACAGUGCAAUAUAUUUGUGUUCUGAUGUAAGUCAAGUUUUCACAUAUAAAGUUGCAUUCACAAACUUUAUUGGAUAUAAAGAACACGUGGUUUUCUAUGUAAAGUGAGAACUAUUUUGUUAAAAUGCAUAUUACUUGUAUACAAUAGUGCUUUAAAAUGAUUGAUUUUAUACAAGUUGCUUAAUGAUUUAAAUAUGAAAAUUAAAGGUACUGUAUUAGUUUAUUGGGUUGUCUUUAUAGAAAUUGUUUUAUAGACAUUUCAUAUCCCAAUUUUAUCCUUAAACAUUUUUGUAUGCAAAAUUUGUGAUUGUUGUUGUAAAGGAUGGUUGUAAUAAAUGUAGAAAUUUAGUUUUAUCUCUGACUGGAGGUACAGUACCUAUUUAUUGAAAGAAGAUAACAAAUUAGUUUAUCUAAAAAAAAGGGGGGGGGGACUUUAAUGGAUAGUGUCUUUAUAUUUUGUUAUUUCAACUCAUUCCAAAUAUUUGCACUUGUUGCAUAAAUUGGAAAUAAUACAGCUCUACUCUUAUUUUCCACAAGAUAAAUCUUGGGUAAAUGUGUUGGCAGAUACUAGAUGCUAUAUAUUUUCCUAAAUAGUAUUUUUGUUUACUUUCAUUUUAUAUUACAAGUUUGAACUAUUAAUGGUUUGGCUUGACCAACAAUGUUUACUAGUCUGUAUAUUUAUCAUGCAAAUAGUUUUUUUUUUUUUUUUUGUGCCCAUAUGCCUGAUUUAUUUGUAAUGUGUUCUACAGUUCUCUUCUGCUACUCAUUUGUAUAUUUGCUUAUAAAUUCAUCAUGUUGGUAUUAAAUGUUGCUUAUAUUGUAAACAUUAUUGUUUUUUGCACAUCACUAGUCCUUAUUGAUCAGUUUAAAGUUAGUUUUGAAGCAUAAAUGAAUGAUAAAUGAUGAUCGAUUUAAUGUAAAGAGGAAGUAGAAACUACAGGUAAAUGAUUACCUCUAAUUUUUAUAUUUUUGUGGAUUUAAUGAUAGCUUACUUUUCACUAGUACUAUUACAUGACAUUUGUGCUUUUAAAUUUCAUGUAGACAUGGUAAUUUGGCACAUGGAACUCCUCAAUGUAUAAUACUGUAGAUAAUCAGGAUAUUGAUGCUAGAUUGUUGUCUAGUAUUGUUUCCAUGGAAGGACAAAGGGUAAAGGUAUGUAUCUAACCUGUAUAGUAUUGGCACUUGCCAUGCUUGACUAGCAACACACCGGUAUCUAUAAGAGAUACUUAACAAGUUCAUCUCUUAUAAGAUCAAACCACAAUUAACAUAGCAUUAAGGCAAUGUGAACAUGGUCUUUUGUUACCAAAAAUUUAGUGUAUUAUUUUGUACCAAGUUUUUAUAAACUAGCCUCAAGUGUUACAAAAAUGUAAAUAAAAUUGAGGGAUAUAGUGAAUUGGAAUUAGAUUCCAUAAUAGCACAAAUACUGUAAUGUAAUCCCUUUUAUUAAUUCCUGCCACUUUCUACUUUCUUUGACAGAUGCACAAACUUCAGUGCUAGGGCAUUGAUAUUUACUGCAUCGAAAUUGCAAAAGCAUUUUAUUAAAUAUCACCUUGUUGGUGUUGGCUAAACUGCUUUUGAUUAUAGUUAAAAUAUUUGAGUGGAAGUCAUUUAGAUGUGCUUGACAUAUAGGAUGUCCCAUAUACAGCUGAAAAAGCUUAUGACAUUGAUGAAAUAAUACUGUAUGAUUGGGUAAGAUUAGGAAUUUAUGGCCAAUGCAGCAUCGGUGUAGGAUUGUACUCGCUGCUACUGCCCACCGAGCUCUCAGUACACAAUGGAUGUUUAAUUUCUUAUUAUGGAUAAAGCUAAAUUUCCAGGGUUUAAUUUUUCAUCAAGUCAAAUACUGUACAAUAGCUACCGACUCAUUUUUAUAAAUUACUAUGCACAAGGUUUGUCUUGUACCUAAUACAGUACUUAGACUAACCUUCAGUUAUCAAUGUCACUUUACAUAGUAUUUACGUAACAAAAUAUUUGUUUUCUUCAUUCUAAGAAAGGGUUACCUUUAGCCCUACACUGCAGUCUGUAAUUAAACAAAUCCUUUCAACUCUUAAGAAUUUUGAUUGUGUAAUAUUUGGCCCAAUAUGCCACUAACACAUUUUAUUCAUAUUGGUUACAGCAUUUAAAAAUAGACAUUUUACAGUGACUUCUAAUGAAAAUUAGUUUGGAACAAAAUUUUAUUAGGGUUAGCCACAGGGUAUGACUAUACUACAUUUUUUUUUAUUGAUUUCCAUUAAUCAAGAUAUAAUGUAUACUCAUUAGCAAGUGAAAGGUUUUAUAUACAUAUUUAGGAGGCUUAUUGAUCCGACAUAAAAGUGAAUAGUAUUACAUUUGAUGAACUGCAGUAUGUGUCGAAGUAACUUAUAUUGUCAAGUCUGUAAAUAAUCACAUGUAAUGUAAAUUUGUCACAAUAAAUAUUGUAUAAAUA